AUGUCAUCGCAUAUAUCAAACGACGCGUAUGCAUCAGCCAUGGCUACAGAGUACAUCCGUGGCCUUUCCUUCCAGAAGCUUCAAGAGAUACACAACUCAAACGUCGACCAGUCUAUUCACAAGCUUGUCUUGAUCACCAACUUGCUUCGAAUGGAAACCCAAAUUCACAAUCAACAAGAUGACGACGACAUGCUAGAACAGCAAUGGCUAAACACCUGUUUGGACGAGCUUCAAGAAGACGAGCAACAAGAAGAUCCAAUGGAUACAGAACCACCGAUACCGGAUAACCGACAGCAACAUCAUUAUCAACCUCAUUGCAUGGAUGAACGAGACGACUUUCGAGAACAACCCUACUGGUCGGUCGUGGCAGUUCAAGAUACUGACAUGAAGGAGCUUUAUUACACCUUUCGAAACUUUCAUAAUGCUUGUGAACACUGGCUGGCCUAG